CCAAUAAAAACAAAACAGUCAACAAGGUCAGGAAUUUUGUUUUGAUUACAGUUAGGAAUUUUUUUCUCUCUGAACUCUUUCUUUUUUAUGUAGUUUUCUGACAUAUUGUUUAAGUGCUAAACAUAAUUUUAUAUACCAGCUUUAUUCUACUAAUUCAUGGAGCGUGAAGGUUUGUAAUGCGAUGGUCUCCAACGAAAGUGGAACGGAUGACUGUAUUGGUGCCUCCGACGAAGAACUUUCACUGACCAAAACUGAUGAUCCUGAUCCUGAAGAAACUGCACAGCUUUUCAAGGAACUGACAAAAAAACGUACACUGGAAUACGAGUGGCAGAAUCCUGGAAGACGCCCCCCAACGCCUGAUAUCGUGAAAGAAUUCAAUGAGGAACAUGAGGCUAACGAUGCAAUAAUGAAUACUGCCACAGAGUUUGACUUUCAAGAUGAAAUGUCUCAACUGAAAUUAACUGUCAGACAGCCAGGUGAUUGUACCCCCAAAGGUAGUGCCAAGAAAGCAACCACCAGUCUCAAUUCAAUUCUGUCAAAUAUGGCGCGUCAUAGGAAACUUGAACUGAUGGAGAAAGAUUUGGACUAAGAUUCCUCGCACCUUAAUUCUUUGUCAGUUUUUAUUUUAUUUUCUUCAAGUAUCUUAGUAAAAUCAAAGUUAUCAUUUCUGUUUUUAA